AUGCAGCCGAAAAUUCGAUCCAAGGGACGCCCCGAUCGGGUCACGGUCGCCCAGAAACGGUCCGCCGCGUCAAGCUAUCAGACCGUGGCAAGAGAGCAAUGGCCCGACUUCUUCAGUGCCGGAAAAAUCUUCCGCAUCAAGAUAUCCGAUGGGACACUUCGUGUCUAUGUCAUCGUCGAGCCCGGAGAGCGGUCUUCCACGUGCCUGAUGAUCAAGACUUACUCCGGCCAGGCAACGACUCGGCCUGAUGUUCGGGACAGACAGAAUGAGCACGCCGUCAUCUAUACCAUGGCACAGCCGCCAAAGCCCCUUCGCGGAGAAGACAAACUCCGUCGGCCUAUUGGUGCGAGAGCGGAGAGACAGGCACAACCCUUUUCGACAAAGACACGCCUCAACUACGGGCAGGAGUGUGAUGUGCCACAUACGGAGCCUGUGUGUCCGCUGGGACAAGUCCUUGAGCGCGAUCUUUCUACCCUCGUGGCCGACUAUCUCAAGGUUCAAAGGCUCAAAGAACGCAGAGUCAUCUCCCUCGCAUCCCUACCAAGCUUCACGCCGCCGGCGAGCCUAUCGCACGAUGACUCGACGGGCGCCAUGGCAAACGGCCCCCAGAUCAACUUGUUGCCGGGCCCUGAGGGAGAAGCAGACAAUGCCCUACAAUUAUUGGACCAGCACGAUGGCACCCCUGAAGCCCUCGACUGCCCUUCCGCAGGUGAAACUGACCAGAAUGGCACCACCCAGAACAUCGGCCAACUGGAGGAACCAUGUGACGCAGUCGACAUCAUCGACAGCCUUCCUUUCGACAAUUUGAAGCUGGAUGAUCCGGAGGGACAGGCCGAGCCAGCCGAACGACAUGGGCCUCCCCUCUCGGAAUCGAACGGGAAUGAGGGAGAUUCUGGACUUCACAUCUUGCCCUUGGAGGAUCCCGCUGAUACUCAACAAGAAGAGAUUUCAGUAAUCAAUGGAGUUGACAUCGCCGAAAUCCCUACCAUUAUUGUGGAGGGCCCUGCUGAGCCUCGACAGCAAGGCAGUCCGGUAACCAACGAAACCGAGCUCGCUGAAACCGAAUUUCCGGCCAUCAGAGAAGACCCCGACGUUCCUAUCAUCGAGGACAGACAUCCCCUUGACUCUGGGGCUGAUCUUUGUCUGGACGAUGGGCGCAUUUCCACUUCGGAUAUUCCCGGCACGGAAGACACUGAUGGUGCUGUAAGCCACCAUCAUGGGUCUUCGAGCUCGUCACCGGGUACCUGCGAAGGGGAUGGCAACCUUGACGAGCCCGUCGAGCAGAUUGACUCUACUCAGGGUGAAGCAGGAAAAGUUACCGAUUGCACAUAUCGUAUUCUGGAUGAGGCUGAAGACCCCGAGCCUCCAGAGCCCUCAGAGCAAACAUCGUUACAAAAUCCUCUAAACUAUGGACCAGACCCAGAGCCUUUGGAUACAGGUCCUGAGACUGCCGUCGAAUCCCCAUACAGCAUCGAACCCCAGCCAACUCCGUCAGUCUCCUUUGAUUGGUGGGGUGAUUGGUUCCAGCUCGCUCCUUAUGAGAUCAAAGCAAGUGUGUGCAGUUAUGACACGACGCCAGAAUGCUGUGGCUCCACUCAUACCACUACCACCGAGGAUAAAUCGGAGAGAUCAUUAUCACCUGAGGUAGCCGACCUCAACGAAUCACCCGGACUUACAGCUUCACACCAUACAUCCGCGACGGGCUUGGAUACAAACGCAGCAAGUGAGACUUGCGAGGAGACGCACGAAAAUGAGCCUACAGUAUGUGGCGAUCUGCCUCCAACGGCAUCUCAGGACACGAGUGCAGAGUUACCUUUGCCGGCGAGCAACGAACAGUGUCUGAACGCGCUCAACCCUGUUGAGUCGUCGCCCAUAGCACCUCAACCAUCACUUCCAUCAGCUCCAAUCUCGCCUUUAUCAACAGCAUCACACUCAAUCUUAAACUUACCGCCAUCCCCGGCCCCGUCUCCGAAAUUGUCUCCUAUCCCAACACCUCCACGAUCAUGCCCCCCCGAGCCCGAUCCGGUGCCCCCACGUCGACGCACGCAACGUGUUAGAUUCCAGGAAGACGAACAAGGUAGCUACACUCCACAAUCCAGGCAGAGCUCCCCUCGGCGACAGCCAAGGUACCCAUUUCCGCCUCCGCAACAGUACUACGCUCCCGCACAACCCGCCUUUGCCAUGCCGGGGACUUUCUCCGACGCACCGGGGCCAUCGAUGCACGGCGGCUACUGGUCAAGUCACGGCAUAUACCAACAAGCGCCGCCGUUCUAUCCAGCAGCGCCUCAUCCAGCCUACCUCGCCCACCAAGGGCCCACGCCCAACUCGUACGCAUCAAAUUCGUACCACUCGACAUACUCGACCCGCUGCGACCACUAUCGUCAGCAGCAGCAUCAGCAGCAGCAGCAGCAGAAGCAGCAGCACGACCACCACCUUGCAGUCGAGCAGCAUCGCCCAGCAAGUCCAGGGCCGAGCGAAGUGACCGACUCGUCCUCAUCCUCGGCUGCCGAAUUGGAGAAGGGAGUCUACUUCUACAGCGCCGGCGGCGGCGGCGGCCGUCGCGGGGACAAAAAGACGCUGCUCUACGCCCUCCUCGACGUGAGCGCCGACUGCAACUUCAUUCGACUCGACCAAGCGCUAGAAGCGGGGCUCGAGCUACGGCCGUGCACGCACCUCAGCUUCUGGGCAGGCGAGGGAUCGUCGGUGGUGGUGCGGCCAAAGUACAUUGCCAGCGGCGCCCGGUGGCGCUUUGUCGAUAACAGGGGUGGUGGCGGUGGUGGUGCUAUCAUCUGGACGGACGAGUUCGUCGUGCUCGAACACAUGCCCCGCCACGAUGUCAUCUUUGGCAAGCAGAUCAUCGUCAAGCGCGCCUCUUUGCUGUCGGACGAGACGUUGUGCGUGCUGGGACUGGAGGCGUUGACGCCGACGAAAGAGGAACGGAAAAUAAAAGAAGACGAGGAAAGACGAAAACGGCUAAGCAACCAAGAAAGAAUCAAGCAACAACAUCUAGAGACUCGUCAACAAAUCAUAGAAAAGAGGCAGAGGAAGAAACUCAUGCAGCCGAGGCCGGAAUCGAACAAGGAGCCGGAAGACGACGAAUGGUAUGACUGUGACGAAGAUUCGAGUGUUGUUGCUACGGUGGGGAGCCGGCCAUGA